GCGAAAUACAUGCUCGCUUGUUUUCUGUUUCUGAAACGGAAAAUGAUUGGCCAAAAAGUACACUGACCAUCCUAGGAUCUUUAUCCGUUCUCGCGUCCUUGCGUUAUUGGUUUGAACCUGCCGUUAAAUAUGAUGUCACAGGAGUUCACAAGACCGCAAGAACCGAUGAGACGUUUUAAGAAGUACCCGCUAUGUUUUGGAUUGCAUGGAAUUGGGAUGCAUGUGUAAGAAUUGGCUAGGUACAUGUGGACCUAAACCCACGUCAACGCGGAAAGAGAAGACCCUGUUAGGAAUGUACAGUGUACAUUAACAAGGCAGAUGUAAGAAAGGAAAACGUGCAGAAGUACAAGCCAAGUCAAGUCCAGCCAUCAGGAGAAAUAUCCCUAGAAAUGAAAGAGGGACUGACACCAGAGAAUUGGGCAGGCAGUGAGCAGCGACUGCAGCCCAUGAAUUCUGUUCUACAUCCAACAACAAUCAAUUUAGAAUUGGACAAAACAAAGCUACCAGACCUUACUCAGGGUUUGGUAGAUUCCCUGGGAUCCCAGAAGAGUUCAGCUUGUGGUGUUGUGGAAAAUAAACUUAGACAGGGUGGAACUCUAGAUGCGACUCUCUCUGAUCUCUUUAACACAGCACGAGAGCUUGGUGUGGACACCAUUUCAGACAGGGCACCAGAGCUUGGACCCUUUGUUAAUCCCAGUGAAGUCCAGGAUGGCCAUGUCAUUCUAUUGAGCAGAAGCAAAGCUACUGAUUCAAUCAAUGAAAACAAACCGAGCACGGACAACUUCCUGUUUCAAAAAACUGCUUUGAGUGGCAUAAAUAAUUCUGAUUCUGACAAAGAUAAAGAAACCAGUGCAGUCCUGAAAAAUUCAGAGUUCAGAGAAGUGGAACUGCAGAGUUUACCUAAAGGAAAAGAAGGUCAAGACCAAAAUGAUUUGAAUAAUAUGCUCACUUCAAAACAAGGCAAUCCCCCUGCAACGCAGAGAAUGGAGCAGAGACCAAGCAGCCCAGUUAGUGCAGGGCCUUCACUUCAGCCAAAAAGGGUAACACCAACAGACACUGAAAGCAUACAGAUGACGGAAGACCAGCAAAUAGUGAUGACUAUGAAACAGCGAACCAAUCAACUAAAAACGUACCCACCUUCCAAAAAGCAAAGAAUGCAGGCUGCCCAAGAUAUGAAACCGGUUCAUGUUUACAGCAAUGUGCAAAAGAAGCAACUGUUAGUUCUUGGUCAAUGCAAGAAACUUCCUGGGAUUUCUAACUUUUCUCUAGUCAGCAGACCAUCUGCUGCUGGUCCAGACAGGUUCAAGGGUCAGGGCUUGGAAUUGCAGCCUGAAAUUUCCAGAUCUGUUCAGUCUCAUAUUGGGCCCAGGCUACAGAACCCACAAGCAGCAAUGUCAAGAUCCAGUAAUCCCCAAUUGGAGUGCUCAGAAGCAGAAGAACGAGAAAAGGGGAAAAUGAAAAAGACUUUGCAAAGACAGAGGAGCAAGAGUGGUAGAAGCCUCUCCUUGGAAGAGCUCCCUUUGUUUAUUCCUGAUAAUGCCCCCACAGUGAAGCAAGAGGUCCAUGAGGAAGACUCCAUUAACAGUGAGAUUGUGUGGAAUCCUUCAAAGCAUUGCAUUCUAUGCAAAAAGCCUCAUAAAAACAGGUUCAUGGUGGGCUGUGGUCGUUGUGACGACUGGUUUCAUGGCGAGUGUGUUGGUCUUGACCUGGCCAAGGCCCAGCAGAUGGAGCAGGAGGACCAGGAGUAUGUUUGCCUCAAGUGUUGCGCAGAGGAGGACAGGAAGUCCAAUGUCCAGAGGCAGCUUUCCAUGGUGGACCAAUCUAAGCUUGAGCAUAGCCUGGAGAGUAACCCUUUGGCAACACAAGAGAAGCAGAAGCAGGCAAAGCCACUCACAACUGGAGCAAUCAGAAGGGAUUCAGAGGAAAGGAGACUGCAGUCAACCAGGCUGUAUGUGACCAGAAGGCUGUCUGAAAGUAGAAGUGCUCUGACAGUGAGAACACGAAAGUGCUCUGGGGAUGUGCCACUGAGAACUGCAAUGCAUGAGAGGGUGGAAAUGAAGACUGCAAAACGAGAAAAGUGUUUGUCAUCCUUGCCUGCAGCUUUGAAAAAACCUUCAGUGGAGCAAAUCAGGAGGAAUGUAUGUGAUUCUCUGAAGGACAUUCUUCUGAAACGGCUAAAUGAAUCUGAUUUAAAGGUUUCAACAGAGCGAGCCGCAAAGGUGGCGAUGAAAACGGAGAAGGAACUUUUUUCUUUUUUCCGGGAUACUGACAGCAAAUACAAGAGCAAGUAUAGGAGUUUAAUGUUCAACCUUAAGGAUGUCAAAAACAAUGUGUUAUUCAAGCGUGUACUCAAAGGUGAAAUUUCUCCUGAGAAUUUGAUUCAUAUGAGUCCUGAGGAGCUAGCCUCAAAAGAGCUGGCUGCUUGGCGAAAAAGAGAAAAUCAGCAUACAAUUGAAAUGAUAGAAAAGGAACAGCGAGAGGUUGAAAGGCGUCCCAUCACAAAAAUCACCCACAAAGGAGAAAUUGAGAUUGAGAACCAAGAGCCUGUUAAAGAGCCUGAAGCUCUUGAAGUGGAGCUGGACCCUGUGCCCAAACCAGUGGAAGAGCCUGCAGUUGUUCCACCAGAAAUGGAAUUGGAGAGCACUAAAGACACAACCAGCCAGCAUAAGGGUCACCUUUUUGACCUUGAGUGCAAGAUAUGUACAGGACGAAUGGCUCCUCCAGUCGAGGAUGCAACCACCAAAGUUAGGGUGGCUACCACAGUGCUGUGGAGGCAAGCUGGCUCUGAUGGAGAGAAUACCACCCUGCCAGACCACACAGAUGGACAAUCUUACAGUGGAGUGGAAAAUGUGGUCACUACCACAGCUAUCUCCUCUGAGGGAAGGUCAAAUAAUACAAAUGGAGGAGAGUAUGAGGCCAUGUUCCUUGCACGUCUACAGUCCCUGUGGAAAGGCUUUAUCAAUAUGCCCUCUGUGGCAAAAUUUGUCACAAAAGCAUAUCCAGUAUCAGGUAUUCUUGACCACCUAACUGAGGACCUGCCUGACAGCAUCCAGGUUGGAGGGAGGAUCUCCCCUCAGACUGUAUGGGACUAUAUGGAAAAGAUUCGAGCCUCAGGAACAAAAGAGAUUUGUUUAAUUCGUUUCAGUCCUGUGACAGAAGAGGAUGAGAUAUCAUAUACUCUUCUGUAUGCCUAUUUCAGUAGCAGGAAACGCUAUGGAGUUGUAGCCAAUAACAUGAAGCAGGUGAAAGACAUGUAUCUGAUUCCCUUGGGGUCCUCUGAAAAAAUUCCACAUCAUCUAGUACCCUUCGAUGGACCUGGUUUGGAAGCCAAACGUCCAAACCUCCUUUUAGGAUUAAUUAUUCGACAGAGGGUGAAACGAGAUUUUGAAGUUGUUGUACCCAUGGAUAUCCCUGAAAUUUAUACCAGAUCCUUACCUGGGAAAAACUAUGCCACUAAUGAGGAUGGAGGUGCUCACAGGGAAGACAUGGACUUUUUCAGUUCACUAAAAAUAGUUCAUCCAAAGCAAGUGGCUAAAGUAGAAAAGUCCCCUCACUUUGAAGUUGCAGCAUGGCCUGUUAAAAAGACUGCCCUGGCUACCGAGUCCAGUCUACCUGAUCCUGCUAAACCACUGCGGUUUCUUCCAGGGGUGCUGUCUUCACCCACACUCAGAUCAGUUGAGGAAUUUCAGCAGAGCUUGCAGUGCACUACAGAGAAGGAUGCAGACAAGCGGGUCACAGCAAAUGAUGGCAUUGCUAUGGGGAGCACACCCAGCAAAAGCAUUGCUUCAAGUGGUAACAGACUGGAACGUUUUGUUGUGAAGAAAAAAUGCCCAAAAACAUUUCAGAUGGAGCAAGCAAUAACAUCCAAUCCAAAUGAUCCAAACAAAAACUAGCCACCUGUCCCAGAAAGUAACUGCUAGCAUGACACUUAUCCAAGGUAUAAUCCACAAGAGCCUCUCCCUCUGCAUUCUCGGUCUAUCAGUGGGGAUUAGGCUUGCAAAUCCAGUCUCACAAAGCAUGGACCAUUAACAGCAUAAACAAAAGCCUGAACAGCUUCCUGGUUUUGUUGCUGUAUCUUACAGGCCUCCUGAAGAGGUUCCCCCUGCCUAUUCAGAAUCUUCAGAAAGUCAUUGUCCAUCCAGUGGAGUGUCAGUACAUCAGUGUACUCAGUUCAACCACAGAUGCUUUAUCCUGGGAACUUCCACUGGUCUUUGAUUCCAUAACAAAACUGAGGAUAACCCAUGGUCCUGGUCUACUCCCAACCACUCCAGCCACUGUGUUUUCUCAAUGGGGGGCAUGAACCACCCCAGGGCACCAAGAGUAUGUCAGAGCCCCUGAGCUCCAGUACCAGGCAGCAGCACCUAGUUUUCCCCUUGCAAAGCAAUACACUGCCUGCCUUCCAGCCACAGCACCAGCACAUGCCACCCAGUAUCCAGAAUCCCAGCACUUUGCUACCCCUGUUCGCACAGCCUGGGGCCCAGGGUCAAAAUAAUGCCAUGAACAGGUCCACACCUGCUCCUCAUUCAAUCAGGUUCUCAUCCUCUCAGUGGACUUGUCUUUUUGGAAAAAUUCUCCAUGCUGCCACAGACUAGAGGGAACCAAGGGAGCAGAGGGACAAUACAGCAAUUCCUGGGAGUCUCAGCACAGCCACUCUGAGCAUAGCCACUCUGGCUUGGAUGGUUGAUUGCAGGUGGUCAGCACUCAUUGUGGAAGCAACAGGUUCCACAGUCAGUCACAACAUGAAUGGAAAGAAACUUUAAAGGGACAGGCAUCCUUGACCAGGUUUAAUGCCUGAAGCACAGAACAUGGGAAAGCAGCCACAACACAAAGACAGCACCCAACACAAGUGCUGUGAAAGGGAGGAAACCCCUGGAGAUUGUAACUAUCACAGGAUUGUACCUCUCAGAGGAAUGUUCAGUGUGUAGACUGUUGGCAAAUAUGAAUGAUUUUUAUUUUUCCUUAUUCUGCUGUUUCAUCUUCCUUAUAAAUAUAUUCCUUGAAUAUUCUGUUGUGUAGUGUCCAAUGAAAUGAGUAAUAUUUCAAUAAAUGUUUUGGGCUGUUCCAGAAUAACUUAAACUGAUUUGAGAUGCUACAAGCUAUAGUUGUUUGCAUUUAAAGUAGUUUUAUGAUGAUUAUGAGCUGUGUAUUUAUGUGUACAGUUAUGUGGGUUACACCAAAUUUAGGGAUGAGAUUAAGGUAUAAAAAAUAUAGGGUAAAAAACUAACAGCAUGAUGCAAUGUAACAUGUUGCCAAUUUUUUUUAAUGGUCUGCAAUCUUAAAUGAUUUUUAAUUAUUUUCCUGUCAUUGUGAUAUGGAAAAAAUAAUAAAAAAUAAUAUUGUUAAGUAUAGAUAAGUUUAAAUUGCUCUGCCAGUCCCUGAUAGACAUUUGGUGGCAUCGCAUUGCAGUGGUUUGAAAGUGGUUCUGGGUUUGAGUUCUGACUGGCUGGAUCCCUUCUGCAUGUUCUCCCUGUGGUUGUCUGGGUUCCCAGCUUUCAUUCCACACUGAAAGACAUGCAUGUGAGGUUAGGUACACUCCUGCCAUUGCCCUUGACUUAAGGCACUGGCCUUAGAACUGGAGUUGUUUCCCGGGUGCUGCAUUGUACUGUAGCUGCCAACUGCUCCUAGAUAGCUAGGAUGGCUUAAAUGCAGAGAACAGGGUUCAAUAAAGUAGAUUUCAUCAGCAUUUUUUUUUACAUGUCACAGAGAAUACAAUGAGCUCCAUAUUGUUUGGGACAAAGACAUUUUUUUCUUAAUUUGGCUCUGUACUCCAUAAUUCUAGAUUUGUAAACAAACAAUUCAUAUGUGGUUUCUCAGCUUUUAUUUAAGGGUAUUUUACCUUUUUUGGUUGCCCUGUGUAGAAAUUGCAGUCAUUUUUAUACAUACAAUGGCAAAUGGCUGGCUGCCAUGUACGGCACCAACCAUGAAAGGCACCAACCAGCUCGUCAAGGGGGUAAGGUGUCUUGUCUUGCUCAGGGACACUUCCGAAGGUGGGAAUCGAACUGGCAGCCCUCUGACUGCUUGAGCCAAUGUUGCAUGCAUGUGUGGGGCUAUAGUGUGUAUGUGUAUGUUUAUGUGUAUAGCCCCGCUAUAGCCCACACAUGUGAAUUAAAGUAGGCAGGUUUAGUACUUUGUUGCAUAUCUUUUGCAUUUAAUGACUACUUGAAGUCUGGGACCCAUAGACAUCAUCUAUUGUUGAGUGUAAUCUCUGGUGAUGGUGUACCAGGUCUGUACUCCAGCCAGUUUCAGCUCCUGCUUGUUUUUGUUAACAGUAUGUUUGGGACCAUUCUCUUGUAAUAGGACAAAGUGCCAUCCAAUGAUUUUGGAGGUAUUUGUUUAAACUUAAGCAUAUACAAUGCCUCUGUAUACUUCAGAAUUCAUGCUGCUGCUGUUAGCAGUUACGUCAUCACUGAAAACACGUGAGCCCAUACCUGUGGCAGUCACACAUGCCCAAACCACCAUGUUUCACAGAUAUAGGGGUAGGGGGUGCUUUGGAUCUUGGGCCUGUUCUUUUUGGUCUCAACACUUUUUUCUUUCCAUCACUCUGAUACAAGUAUUUCUUGGUGUCAUCAUGUUCACAAGACCUUGGUCAUGUUCACAAGACCUUGGUAAUGUUCACAAGACCUUUUUCCAGAAAGUAUGAACCUUUUAGGGACUUGGUAGCAAACUGUAACUUCAACCAGGCCAUCCUGUUUUUGCAGCUAUUAAUUUGUGUCUUGUAAUGUAGCCUCUGUAGUUCUGUUUGUGAAGUCUUCUGUGGACAGUCGUCACUGACACAUCCAUGCCUGUCUCCUGAAGAGUGUUGCUGAUCUGUUGGAUAGGUGCUUGGGGGUUUCCUUCAUUAUGGGGAGAAUUAUUUGUCAACUGUAGAGCUCCUCUCUUUCUUCUUAAUGGUGUUCCGAACACUGGGUUUAGCCUAAGGUGUCACCUGCAUCUCUGAUUGGGUUUUUUUCUUUCUUCAGUCUUUUGAAGAACUCUUGUUUGUCUGUUGACAAACACUAAUAGCAAACUGCAAAGGCAAUCCAAAGGCUAGAAGUUAUGUUGGGAGCAAUUGAAGCAUCUAAUCAGAAACACCUGUGAUGCCAUUUGUCCCAAACAUUAUGGUGCCCUGAAAUAGGGUGACUACAGUGACUACAGUUUCAUGUUUAAUUUGCCACCACUGCUGCAAGAUAUCUGCCAGGCAGCAGCAAAUUUGCAUGUGUUUCUGUAUUGUCCACAGUAACUACUGUCUUAAACUUUUUGUCUGGCGACCCCACAAAAGAAACUGGAGAGGUCUGGCGACCCCACUUUCCCAAAACCCAUUCCAAACCCAUGUUAACAACUGUCAAUCAAGCAAAAACGAAUAAGGCAAUGUAAGAAAUAGCCUAGGCUACAACAAUUUAUUAAAACGAACAAGAACCGGAACGAACAAAGCAAUCUCGAUUAAACAAAUGCACAAAUCAUCAGAUCCAGUCCAGAACUAAAACGGUAGCCAAGAGUCACAACACCAGAGCAGCUAAUCUGGAGGCGGAGAGAGACAGAAACACGGCUAUAAGGAUCUCACUUUAUUUAUUUGAGUUUCUUCCUCUGGUUUAUUUUCUUUAAUAACAUACAUAGACUAUGUUAAUGAGAAGGAUGGGCCUGCUUCCGCGAACAUAGCAAGUUAAUUCUUGGAUUGAUGCUGCACACGGCGACACAAAGAUUUUCCUCCACGCUGCUGAGCCAACAUCUGUAUUUAUUUUUUAUAUAGGCCAGAGACGAAAAUGUCUUCUCGCACAGAUAGGUCGAUCCAAAAGGCGUGAGAAUGUCCAUGGCAGCCCUGCGCAAUUGACAGGCAGAAUUUAUCCAGUGUUUUUGAGGCAAACAACGUCUGUAAUGUGUGGUCACUGGACAGCUCAGUCAGCGCAUCCUCGAGCUCAGAUGGCAGGUCGUUUAAAGAGCAGCUGGUGAAUGGUUGUCGUAUCCAGUCAUAAUGCUCUACAUUUUCCGUGAGAAAAUAUUGAUGGAAUUUGUCGAGGAGACUUCGGAGAUGAAUGGUAAUUAAGGGUUUCAAUUAAUUGCCAUUCAUGCCAUUCUCCUCCAAAAAGUCAUGCAGCUCCGAAAACAUUUCAAAAUCCCCACUCUCCGCACGGGCUGCCCAACGCUGCAACUUUUUUUUUUGAAAGCGUUCACUUUAUCCAAGAGGGUCAGGAUGUUAGUGUUGAGGCCUUGUAGUGACAGGUUGAGAGUGUUUAAUUUGUCAAAUAUGCAUGCCAGGUAAGCAAGACGUGAUAUCCAUUUCGAGUCAGUGAGAUGGUGCGCAAGAGGGGAGUGCGCUUCUGAGCGGAAGGUGCGCACCUCACUAUGCAACUCAAACAGGCGUGUAAGAACCUUGCCCCGUGAAAGCCAUCUUACUUCUGAAUGGAUAAGAAGGGAUUCAUGUGUAGACCCCAUUUCCUGACAGAGAAGGGUGAAGAGUCUGGAACUUAGUGGGUGCGAUUUUAUGAAAUUCACUAUUUUGAUUGCUGUUUGGAGAACAACGUUAAGAUCGGGCUCAAGUGUCUUGGAUGCCAGGGCCUCCCUGUGGAUAAUGCAGUGAGUGAACUUGACGUGUGGUGCAACGCUAAGGACCUUUGCUUUCAGUCCUUUAUUUUUCCCCAGCAUAGCUCCGGCACCGUCAGUGCAUAUGCUUAUGCAGUUAUCCCAAUACAGCCCUGCCUCCUCCAUCCAACCAUUAAAAUGUCACCACCGGUACACCUUCCUUCCAUCGGAGAGCAGAACAGCAUGUCCUCAUGAAGUUUCCCGUCAUAACUGUAGCGAAUAAAUACCAUUAAGUGCGCAACAUUAAUCAAGUCAGUAGACUCGUCUAACUGCAAAGAAAACCGGCAGUUUUUUACUCUCUCGAUUAGCUGGCAUUUCAUGUCAUUAGCGAUCUUGUUAAUGCGCUUGGACAUGGUAUCAUUGGAGAGGGGGAUAUGUUUGAGCGCACUUGCAAUCUUUUCACCAUGCAUUGCGGUGGUCAUCGCGAUUGCUGCAGGAAGGAGGCUUUCAGCAAAAGGUGGGCCACUUUGUGCCAAAGCCAAGGCCCAUGCACUACAGUCUUUUGCCCAUGCAGCGCAGCCAGAACAUCGCCACAAAUUACACAUUGUGGGUGGUCGAGCUCAUUUUUAACUUGGCACGUGAAUCCAUAUUUCAGAAAUUCUUUCUGAUAGUGGCGACGCCUAUUCUCACCGGCCUGUAGACUUGUCCCAUCUGAGGAUCGCGGAAGAGUAGACGCACUGAUGGCACUUCUGAGCUUUUAUCAGAAUUUUUUACGUGGCUAGCAUGAGCUGCAAGAUUGUAAAACAAUAGUAGGCUAGGUACAGCAGUGUAAUAGGGGUACAGUCGAAACACGCUAAAUAUCUAAUUUGCACCACGAGCAUGAACUAUCAUAUUAACUCUUCAUGUGUGUUGUAUCAUCCUCUUUCUAUGAGGUAAAUUUGAAAGAUGCUCCAAAGAUCUGAGAAAAUCUGUUUCACUGGGUAUUUUUUUCACUUUCUUACUUAGCUUUUUGGAUAGAUUCUAAUGCUCACUUGACCAUAAAUGACACUUAGAUCCUUGAUUUGUCCUUUAUUGUCCUUAAUUAUAUCUUUCCUGAUGUGUCAGCAUUCAGGUUUUUUGUGAAAACCAUUUAAACUAAUUUUACAAAUGUAAGCAUAUAAUACAGUACAAUAUAACAAUCUUUCUACAGCUAAACUUCAUAUUCAAAUCUGUUUUUUUCCAGUUAAAAAAAAGAAAAUGUACAUGUUAAUGAAUCCUUUACAGCCUGACCAUUCACAUAAGGUCCAUGUUUAUAUAGCAUUGCAUAGGCGGAACACAUUAUAUGUUAGAUAUGUGUUAUAAAAUACAAGAUUUUCUUUUUCCCACUUCA